UCGGGGGCGGGGAGCAGGAGGUGGCGGGCCCGGGAAGAAGGGAACAUGGCUCCUGCGGCGGGAAACGCCGAGCGGCGCGCGGGGCGAAGGCGGCCCGAGAGCCAGUGAGCGCGAUGGUGAACCCGAGCCGCGUGCAGCCGCAGCAGCCGCCCGCGCCCCGAGCGGCGGGCCCCGGCCGGCUGAUGGCGGGCGGCCUCCGCGAGCACAGGGGCCUGGAGAUCGAGAUGGAGCGCAUCCGGCAGGCGGCCGCGCGGGACCCGCCGGCCGGAGCCUCGGCCUCGCCCUGCCCUCCUCUCUCGUCGUGCUCGCGGCAGGCGUGGAGCCGCGACAACCCAGGCUUCGAGGCCGAAGAGGACGAGGAGGAGGAAGAGGAGGUGGAAGGAGAGGAAGGGGGAAUGGUGGUGGAGAUGGACGUGGAGUGGCGCCCGGGCAGCCGGAGGUCGGCCGCCAACUCCGUGAGCACGGCGGGCGCCCGGGGCCGAAGGCUGGGGGGCUACCCCGGCGCCGGCCAACCGAGCGGGAGGCGGCGCCGGCGGGAGGACCAGGGCCCGCCGAGCCCCAGCCCGGCCGGCGGCGGGGACCCGCUGCAUCGCCACCUCCCCGUGGACGGGCCGCCGCCUCGAGUGGCCUGGGCGGAGAGGCUGGUUCGCGGGCUGCGAGGUCUCUGGGGAACAAGACUCAUGGAGGAAAGCAACACUAAUCGAGAGAAAUACCUUAAAAGUGUUUUACGGGAACUGGCCACAUACCUCCUUUUUCUCAUAAUCCUGUGCAUCUUGACCUACGGGAUGAUGAGCUCCAGCGUUUACUACUAUACGCGGACAAUGUCCCAGCUCUUCCUAGACACCCCGGUGUCCAAAACGGAGAAAACUAACUUUAAAACUCUUUCUUCAAUGGACGACUUCUGGAAGUUCACAGAAGGUGCCUUAUUGGAUGGGCUGUACUGGAAGUCACAGCCUGGCAACAGAACCAGGGCUGACAACCGAAGCUUCAUCUACUACGAGAACCUCCUUUUAGGGGUACCACGGAUACGGCAGCUCCGAGUCAGGAACGGAUCCUGUUCUAUCCCCCAGGACUUGAGAGAUGAGAUUAAGGAGUGCUAUGAUGUCUACUCUGUGAGUAGUGAAGACAGGGCUCCAUUCGGUCCAAGAAACGGAACAGCUUGGAUCUACACAAGUGAGAAAGACUUGAAUGGGAGUAGCCACUGGGGAGUGAUUGCCACUUACAGCGGAGCUGGCUAUUACUUGGAUUUGUCCAGAACAAGAGAGGAAACAGCUGCUAAGAUUGCUCAUCUCAACAGAAAUGGCUGGCUGGACCGAGGAACCAGGGCAACUUUCAUUGACUUUUCAGUGUACAAUGCCAACAUUAACCUGUUCUGUGUGAUCAGGUUAUUGGUUGAAUUCCCAGCAACAGGCGGUGUGAUUCCAUCUUGGCAAUUUCAGCCUGUAAAGCUGAUCCAAUAUGUCACAACUUUUGACUUCUUCCUGGCAGCCUGUGAGAUUAUCUUUUGUUUCUUUAUCCUUUACUAUGUGGUGGAAGAGAUAUUGGAAAUUCGUAUUCACAAGCUACACUAUUUCAGGAGUUUCUGGAAUUGUCUGGAUGUUGUGAUCAUUGUGCUGUCGGUGGUAGCUAUAGGAAUUAACAUACAUAGAACGUCAAAUGUGGAGGUGCUACUACAGUUUCUAGAAGAUCAAAAUACUUUCCCCAACUUUGAGCAUCUGGCAUACUGGCAAAUACAAUUCAAUGGUGUAGCUGCUGUCAUAGUAUUCUUUGUGUGGAUUAAGCUCUUCAAAUUCAUCAACUUCAACAGGACCAUGAGUCAGCUCUCCACAACCAUGUCUCGGUGUGCCAAAGACCUCUUUGGCUUUGCCAUCAUGUUCUUCAUUAUUUUCUUAGCAUACGCUCAGUUGGCGUACCUUGUGUUUGGCACUCAGGUUGAUGACUUCAGUACUUUCCAAGAGUGUAUCUUCACUCAAUUCCGUAUUAUUUUGGGCGAUAUCAACUUCGCAGAGAUAGAGGAAGCUAAUCGAGUUUUGGGACCAAUUUAUUUCACAACAUUUGUGUUCUUUAUGUUCUUCAUUCUUUUGAAUAUGUUUUUGGCCAUUAUCAAUGAUACUUACUCUGAAGUUAAAUCUGAUUUGGCCCAGCAGAAAACUGAAAUGGAACUCUCAGAUCUUAUCAGAAAGGGCUACCAUAAAGCCUUGGUCAAACUAAAACUGAAAAAAACCACAGUGGAUGACAUUUCAGAGAGUUUGCGGCAAGGGGGAGGCAAGUUAAACUUUGAUGAACUUCGACAAGAUCUCAAAGGAAAAGGCCAUACCGAUGCAGAGAUUGAGGCGAUAUUCACAAAAUAUGACCAGGACGGAGACCAAGAACUGACUGAACAUGAACAUCAGCAGAUGAGAGACGACUUGGAGAAAGAGAGGGAGGACCUGGACUUGGAUCACAGCUCUUUACCACGUCCCAUGAGCAGCCGAAGUUUCCCACGAAGCCUGGAUGACUCUGAGGAGGAGGAGGAUGAAGACAGUGGACACAGCUCCAGACGGAGGGGAAGCAUCUCCAGUGGUGUUUCUUAUGAAGAGUUCCAAGUCCUGGUGAGACGUGUGGACCGAAUGGAGCACUCCAUCGGCAGUAUUGUGUCCAAGAUCGAUGCUGUGAUCGUGAAGUUGGAGAUCAUGGAGCAUGCCAAACUGAAGAGAAGGGAGGUGCUGGGAAGGCUGCUGGAUGGAGUGGCUGAGGAUGAAAGACUGGGUCGAGACAGUGAGAUCCACAGGGAGCAGAUGGAACAGCUCGUGCGGGAAGAGCUGGAGCGCUGGGAAUCUGAUGAUGGAGCUUCCCAAACAAGUCAUGGUUUAGGCACACCUGUGGGACUAAAUGGCCAGCCUCAGCCCCAAAGCUCCCGCCCUUCUUCUUCCCAGUCUGCAGAAGGAAUAGAAGGCAGAGGUUCCAAUGGGAGUUCCAAUAGCCACGUCUAGAAUGUUUGUUUGUAUGUGUGUUCCUAAUAGGUGAGAAGGUGUCUGUUCUGGAUUGUCAUAGCAAGUACACUAUUUAUAUGCCCUGACCACCAUAUCAUGCUGGUCGUUAUGACCAGCUGUUAAUUCUCCUGCACUUUAAUUUAUUUACAUAAACUUUUCCCAUAAGAUCAAAGAUUUUUUUUUCCUCAUAAAAGAAAUCUAGGUGUAAAUAUUAAGUACAGAAAAAAAUAUCUUUGUAAAGUAUGUGGGGUGGUAUGCCCGCAUGCUACCAUGUAUGAGUCUUCUCAGUUGACAAUGAAGUAGCCUUUUAAAGCUAGAAUAGGACAGUCAAAAGGCUUCUGAGUUUUGUUUCCAGUCACAAAAAUCAGUAUUGUCAUAUUCUUGCCCAGUGUGUGAAGGGAAAAUAGGGGCAUUCCUUUCUACUCAGGCUUAGCUCAUGGGCUGAAUACAUAAUUUUCUUUAAAGAAAGGAGCCUUUGUUUUCAACUACCUUACUGGGGUAACUUUUCCAAAAGAUGAACUGCAAAAGAACUCCAAGCCAUAGAAUGGUUAUGUAGUCAUUAUGCUAGAAUUUGUAUGAAUGGUUAGAUAAAUGUCCAAUACUAUGCUUGUUAUUUUAUCAUAUCUGAUGUCUGUGGGAAUAACCAUUUCGUUUAUUUACAGUAUUUUUGCUAUCAUUUGAAAUGAGCUGCAUGAAACCCCCAAAAAUCAAUUAUGGGUGAAAAUGUCAUCUCUAGCCAUAACACAGGAAAAUUAGAAGAUCCUUAUCAAAAAGUUCGGCUUUUUCUAAUAAUUAGUUUAGUAUAAAGAUUUAUCCAUCUUUCCUGCCUGGCUCAACUUAUUUGCAACUGAAUUUAAUGUUGUAACUGAACUGGGAUGAACAACUUACUAAAUUUUUUUUAUAUGUACUGAAAGUUUAACUCAGCAAAUAUGUUCAUUUUAAACAAAAUUUUAAAGGAGUUUUCAAAUUCCCAUGAAAAUAUUAUAAAAUUUAAGUUUGAGUUUUAUACUGUUUUAAGAACACAGAAAUCAAAUACUCUUUAUCCUGCAUUUCAAAACAAGAAUUUGGAAUCUAAAUUUAGCUCAAUUUAAUGAAAAGGAAUGUUUGAUACUGAAAGUUCAUCUAUUAUCAGACCAUAUCAACCAAAGUUUGUUUGCAAGUUUUUUCAUUAGGAGUGGUUGUCACCAUAUUUAUGGGGAAGAAAUAUAUUUCUCAAUAAAAAAUUAAAACCCUGUUGUUUAAAAGUGUUGAGUAAAGUUACCUUUCGAGAAUUAAUGGGACAAGAAAGAGGAUGCAGUGCUGGUAAAUAACUUUUCAUUUGGAGAACAAUAGAAGAGAGGCCUGAUUUUUAAUGCCGUAUUUUAAAUUCACACAUUGUUCAUUUAAUUUGUAGAAUAUGUCAAUCAGAUCUUCAAUGAAAACAUGAGCAAAAAGACCUUUCCAAGCUGGCUCCUACAUAGGAGACAUAAACAGUUACUUCCUAUGGCUUCAUCUGAGUCUUUACUUUAUUUUGUAUAUGCUUCACAAAGUUCUUUAUAACCAGGUACUAAAGUUUGCAUUCCAGGGUUAUUGAGUGUACGUAUUUGUGUAUAUGAACCAUGUUGUUACAUGUAAACAAACUUCAGUUUGAAGUGCAGUCAUUAUGUGGUAUCCAUGUGUAUUGACCACGUGCCAUAUAUCAAUUAUGGUCACUACCAAGUCUUUUUAUGAUACUUACUGUUACACUGUUUUUCAUUUUACCUGUAGGAUUUUGAAGAAUUGUUUUUUUUAUCCUUGUUACUUUUUUUUUUUCUUUAGUCAUGGAAAAUUCCUUCCUCUUCUCUCCCCUAUCAUCUUCCCCUCUAUAGUAGUAUUUUUAAGAUGUUACAUAUGCAAGUCUCUGUUGAUAAUCAAGGAUUUCAUUAAUGUAUAAUACUGAGCACUUUACUUCUUAAUAAAGACUUGAUAUAAUAGCA